AUGUCCUCCUCCAAUAUCGAUGCUCUACCUUACUACGACAAACAGAUUGAUGAUCCUCAUUUUAAAGCUAAGGCUCAAGCAUUGAUAGAGGCUGAAUUGAGAUCGACGCCGAAAGUUGAAGUGGAUGAUCCGAGAUUACCACCCCAGACUGAGAUCUUUGCUAAAUCAUCAGGAUUGAGAGAAUUACUAGACAACUACAACGAACAUCCUAUCCGAGGGAUCGACGUUUCUAAAUACGCUCCACCUCAGGCGAACCCCAACGAGAGUCUUGAUGAGUUGAAGGAGAUUGAGAAGAGAGGAUGGAUAGGGGAAGGACAUAUGGCUUUGAGAAACGAAAACGUCCAGAUUCUCUCCACUUACGGCCCCAAUGCCUGGCUAGUGCGAAAUUAUCAACUUUCAACUCAACUCACUGAACUUCAAGCAGCCGUGACAGAGAUUAAAGAACGUGUCACCGAAUUAAAUCGAGCUCGACGGGUGUUUCAAGAAGACACGGGUCAACAUCUUUCUAGACUGGAAGGACGGUGGCAGGAUUUGGUAGGGGCGACUGUACAACUCGAGAUGGCUUGUGGGGCUAUGGAAGGUGAGGUGGAGGGACUUCGAAUACGGGAGGAGAGACUGAAGGCUGAGGUCAAGCAACUUGAGGGGUGA